AUGGCUUCCGCAGUUACUCUCCGAGAGCUUGCCAAGCAGGUCUCUGAUUCCAUUUCAGCUGAAUCACUGGACGCUAGCACGUUUGCCAUUGGCGGCAAGAUCCCCAUUGCGCAGCCCCAAGGCGUAUCUAGCCCUGCAUCUCAGGUCGAAAUGGAUCAGAAGACGGAGAAGAACAAGUUCUCAUCUGCUACGGUCGUUCUUUGUUCAUAUGACGACGCCAAGGCGUUCGAUCACCUCCUCAAAGUCUCUGAAAAGGCUACAUUCGGCUUCCAAGGACGACACAAAUUCGACGACACAUACCGCAAGGCCCAAAAGCUCGGUGCCGGUGACUUCUGUACCACCUUCUUCUGCCCACAUGAAACGGGCAUCAUCGCCGCUGUCAGCCAAGUUCUACUCCCCAGCUACGACUUUGGCAAUGAUAAACGGUCCAUUCGUGCAGAGCUGUAUAACAUGAACAUCUACUCCGGGCCGUCAGGCAAGUUCAAGGCGCACGUCGAUACUCCUCGUUCGUCCUACCAAAUCGGUUCUCUGGCUGUCUGUCUUCCAAUGAUGCACCAGGGCGGCGAGCUGGCUGUGAGACAUCUCGAAAAUACCCAUACUUUCGACUGGGCCACCAAUUCCGACGAAUCCCUUAUCCAGUGGGCAGCCUUCUACAGCGACUGCGAACACGAAGUGUUUGAGGUAAAGUCUGGUCACAGAAUCACCCUCACGUACAACCUGUAUGCUACGGCAGGAAACGGAGACCUCGGAGGCCAAUCCUAUGCUUUCAGCCCUACUUCACUGCCCCUCUACAACAAGAUUCUAGCCAUGCUCACGUCCGACAAGUUCAAGUCCAAGGACAGACUUUUGGGACUCUACAGCACGCAUGCCUAUCCUAACACCGAGCAGGAACAUGUCCUUCCGUUUUGCCUCAAGGGUCUCGACAUGGUGCUCUACAACACCUUCAAAAGCCUGGGCCUGGAAGUCCAUUUAUGUGCUAUCCUCGAAAACCCGAUCGGCUAUGAAAGGCGAGGGCUUGAAGAUGGGAAAUUCUCUGAUGAGGAUACAGAUGCUAAUUCCAUGGAGAAGAAGAAGGAAUUGGCAGAGGAACUGGACCCGGGUGGUGACUCUAGCAGCGGAGAUUACAACCCCUCCCGAGUUGUAGGAGUCCUCAACAAAGUAUACGCCGCCGAUUCCAUGGUUCGGUAUGUCAGUGAGGUGCAAGGCAUCAUCAAAUGGGCCGUUGAAACCCAGAAAAUCAAGUUCGACGCCAGCAAAAUCGUCUGGCUGAACCAGAGCAACGCUGGGAAGAAAGUUCAGGCUUCGUAUAUUGCAAUAUGUUUCACCGUAUACCUUCAAAUUUGGGUUGACCUAACAUACAGCUGCAGUACGGCAACGAGCCAUCCCCCGGGAAGAUAUAUUCGUAUUUUGCGAUAGUUGUCGAAAUCCCCGCCAACAAGGUGAGCACAAGCGAUGAUGAAUGGGUGUACUCAGUAGUAGGUUCAGGC